GCUGCGACGCAGCUUCUUCCUAUUCUUCUCUUCCAUCACACUUCGCCAGCCAUGAUCAUCGCGAGGCACGGCGCAUCGCUAGCGCUCCUCGUGCUAUCAGCCAUUGCGCUGCUAGCCUCGACGGCAGCGUCACUGGGCGUAGUCUCCUUCGACUAUGGCGCUGAUUCGCUCAAGACGGCCCUCAUCAAACCGGGAAUGACACCGGACGUCGUACUCACACGCGACUCGAAGCGCAAGCUGCCAGCCGUCGUCGCAUGGAAGAUGCAAGAUCGAUCCUACGGUACUGAUGCCCUCAAUCUCGCCACGAGGUACCCAGGGGACAGCUACCCAGCCGCCAAGCUGCUACUAGGUCGCUCUUUCUCCGACCAGGCAGUUGCCUCACGAUAUGCUCGUCUUCUGGCCGCCAACCUCACCGCUACGGACAGAAAUACAUUCGCCGUCACUAGAGCCACUGAUUAUACGCUCGACAACUCCGGACCGGACACCCAUACCGCCGAGGAGCUCGUGGGUAUGCAGCUCUCCCACGCCAAGAUGCUAGCAGAGGAGACGGCAGACGAAAAGCUCAAGGUCACCUACCCGGGAACUAUCGGCACCUUUGGCGGGCUAGACGCGGUAGUCACCGUCCCAGCAUACUGGACUGCUUCAGAGCGCCAGGCCAUCUUCGAUUCUGCUACCCUCGCCGGCUUCAGGCCAAGAAUCGUAAGCGAUGCAGCAGCCGCUGCCACCUCCUUUGCCCUCUCGCGCAACUUCCCAACGCCAGAGUUGCACCUACUCUACGACUCAGGCCACUCAGCCACGCGCGCCUCGCUUGUUCGCUUCUCGACCAAGUCUUUCCCCACGCAAGAUCUCUUCGGCACGUCACUCAAGGAGCAUACCUUCAUCGAGGUCCUCUCCGUCGGCUGGUCGCGCGACUCGGGUGGUCUCGCUCUGGACGACAUCCUUCGCCAAUUGCUCGUCCAAAAAUUCAAAGAGAAUUCGAGGGAGGACAUCGAGGCCAACCCACGCGCGAUGGCCAAAUUGCUUCUUUCGGCCUCCAAAGCCAAGCACGUCCUCUCAGCCAACAGCGAUGCGCGCGUAAACAUCGAGGGACUAAUCAACGACGUCGACUUCCGCACCUCGGUCACCCGCGAAGAGUUUGAGGCGGCCGUAUCCAAGCAGAAGCUCGACCAGGCCUUUUCCUCCGUCGUGGCUGACGCUUUGAAGCGCGGCGGCAACGCAAAGAUGAGCGACCUGUCCUCGGUCAUUCUCAUCGGCGGAACAUCUCGUGUUCCCCUCGUUCAAAAGUCCCUCAGCACGGCUGGCGUGCCCGCGAACCUGAUCGCUCAGAAUCUCAAUGCGGAUGAGGCCAUCGCGCUCGGUGCUGGCUUCUACGGUGCGAGCUUCAACCCGCAGCUCAAGAUGAAGCCCAUGCGCGUUGCAGACGUCAAUGCGUACCCCAUCGUGCUGCGCGAGUCGGACGGCAAGGAGGAGCUGCUGUGGAAGGGCAGCCCGGAGACGUUUGAGGAGGAGGUAAAGGCGCGAUAUUACGAUGGCGCUACGGAGGAUUUCUCCUUUGAGAUCGAGUAUGGGCCAGGGGCGGAGAAGUUGCUCAGCGAUGGGGAAUUCGAACGCCCGCUUUACCGCGUUGAGGUGGAGGAGAUCAACAAUACGCUCGCAGCGCUCAAGGCCGCUGGUGAGCUGAGCAAAGUGGAGACGAGUGUCAACGUCUCGAUCGCCAGCAGGCCGCUCGGUGCUGUUGUGGUGGAGAGUGCCUGGCUGACUGUCAAGCCAAAGAAGGGCGGGGUCGUCGGUGCCCUGCGCAACUUCUUUGGCGGGAGCGCUGCGGGAGAUGAGGCGGACAGCGCUGCGGCAGUCGACGUCGACGCCGCUGGCUCGGAAGCCUCGGCGGACAACGCUACCAACGUCAGCUCAGCGACGAACUCGAGCAGUACCCCCGUCGCGGACGCCCUUCACCCUCGCCACGUCCGCCUCUCCGUAAAGACGAUUCCUCUCGGCUCCAUCAAGCCCAUGUCAGGCGAAACGCAGACCAAGUCAAAAGACAAGCUCUACCUGGCCGAUGCCGCAGCACGCCGCAAGCUCCAGACAGAGGAAGUACGCAACAAGCUCGAGUCCUACAUCUACCGCGUCCGCGAGCUCACCAGCUCCGACGCGCCGGCCGGGUUCGUGGCGGCUUCCAAACCCGCAGAGAGGGAGAAGAUGGCCAAGUUGGCCGGGGAGAUUGGGGAGUGGCUGAGCGCUGGUGGCAAGUCUGUGGAGCGGGCAAGCGCGGAGGAGUUGAGGGGUAAGCUGGGUAGCCUGGAGAAGCUCGUCCAGCCCGUCGAACGCAGGCAGGCCGAAGCCCGGGGAAGGAAGAGUGCGAGCAGCAAGAUGAACCGUGUCCUCUCUGACGCACGCGACUUCCUGACUCAAGCUGACGCAAACCUCACCGAGGCCGUCGCAUCCGGGACUAGCUCCCGUUUCGCCCGAACGGACUUGGAUGCGCUCGAGACGCAGAUCAAGGCGGAGGGCGAUUGGUUUGCGAAGGUGGAGAAGGAGCAAGAGAAGAAGGGCCAAGAUGAGGAGCCUGCUUGGCGUGUGGAGGAGGUGGAGAAGCGUAGUAAGAAGUUGGCGGAUAAGGUGGGUAAGCUGAAGAAGAGGAGGAUACCGAAGACGCGACCUGUUGCGAGUGGCAAGAGGGGAGACAACAAGACGAGCAGCAGCAGCAGCAGCAGUACGGCAAGCGCGGCUGAUGAGACGCCUAAGCACGAGGAGUUGUAGGCGCGCGACGACGUAGAGGGAGCGGAAUGGUGGGGUCCAGGAAGGAAUAGAAUCGCAGUCACGAGUGGGACGCCCAUACAAUCAUGCAAACGAUGUUCUCUCUAUUCCAUUCCUCUGCUCGCCUGCUCAACGCACAGACCAAAGUUGCA